AUGGUUGGGGUAAUUGUGGCUGAUGAAGACUCACCCUUAAAGACAUUUAUCAGGAUAAAUACUGCAGAUUUGAAACCAGACCCGAGCAGUGAAGUUUCUGUCUCUGCUACAAAUGAAAAACAUGACAAUUUGGAACGAGGAAAUACUGAUAAAAACAAUGAAGUAAUUUAUAGCAGAGAAGAAAAGAAAGAACGAAAUAUUGAGUUGUCCAGUUCUCUAACUGAAGGCAAAGAAGAAAAGAAAGAAGAUAAUAUGGAAAUGUCUCGUUCACCAACUGAGGGCACAGAAGAAGAGAAUACAGUAGAGACAAUGGCCAGUGUUCUCUCCUCAGAAGCACAAGCAAUGGUGAAGGAUGAAAUUUUUCAGAAAAUCUUGUCUGAAAAAGAAAAGUUACCAACAGUAAGCAUGCUGGAUUUUGCUGGGCAGUUAGCAUAUUAUGCCUUCCACCAAAUUUAUGUAACACCAAAGGCCUUCUUCAUCCUUGUGUUGGACAUGACUAAGAGAUUUGAAGAUGUUGUCAGUAAAGAGAAAGAUAAUCAAGAAGGAUCAAUCUUCUCUGUGUGGACUUACAAAGACUACCUGAAGUUUUGGAUUACCUCAAUCAAGACAUUUGGAGGCAAAAAGGCACCACUGUUUCUUGUUGUCACACACACAGAAAGAAAAUCUACAGCUGCAAUUAAGAAGUAUUUUGAGGAGUUUUGGGAAGCAGUUCCAGAUGAGGACAGAGAUUGGUUAAGAGAUUCUCUCAAUGAUCGUGAAUAUGCAGUGGGUCUAGAUGAACUAAAUGACAACUCGAAAAAAAUGCUGAAGUCAAUGAAAAUGUCCAUAGUUGAACUAUUUAAAGAUGAGAUAAAUACUAAAAUUGAAAUGCCUUCUUCAUGGGCUUUAAUGGAACAGUUAUUGUAUGAAGGAGCAUGGAAGGUUUUGUCCCUUAGUGAAAUCUGGAAGCUCAACUUAUCCCUUCCCCAUGAAUACCAAAUUAAAAGUGAUGAGGAAAUGUCUAUGUUUUUAAAGUGUUUCCAUGACAAUGGCCUUCUUUUGUAUUUUGAAGAAGAGAAAUUGAGGGAAAAUGCAGUGCUUGACAUUCAGUGGUUUGCUAAAGCUUUCAGCAAGAUCAUUGCUGAUGAAAACCAUAUCAAUAAAGACUGCAAAACGAAUUUAAUCAAAGAGUGGAAAUCCUUCAAUAAAACGGGAGAACUUAAAGAUAAAGUAAUAGAUGCACUUUGGAAAGAUGAACCUUCAUACUUGAAACACAAAAGUGAAAUUAUGUCUUACAUGGAGAAGCUUCAAAUGCUGGUACCUUUAGAGUCUUUUGGGGCUGUAUCAGAAGGCGGCAUGUCAUGGUAUGUCCCAUGUAUGAACAAAAAACAAUUUAAAGCUGAUUUUUGUGAAGAUAAAUGGGAAGGUUCCUCCAUUUUGUGCUUUCGAUUCACUUCUUUUGCCAUGUUUGUGUUCUACAGACUGGUAGCAUACUGCAUGAGUUUUCUAAGAUGGAGUGUUUCAAUAGAUGAAGACAAUGAAGGAAGUCCAUGUCUUUAUCAAACAGCAGCAGUGUUUGAUCAUAAUGAACACACUGUUGUUGUUGGCAUUUGUAAUGACGAUAUCCAGUUGCAAGUAUUGAGAAUCACGCCGUUGACUGUAGACAAAGAUGCAUCAAAUGAAAUUGGAGACUCCAUUGAAAAAGCCAUAGAAAAACUGACAGAAACAUUUAUCGAUACAAAAAUAUUCCACAGAGGAUACAAAUGUCAAAACGUUAUUUGUAAUGAGAAAGAUCUUUCUUUCACCCUUGCAAGUGAGCUCUCCAAUAUUAAAACUGAUAAAGACAUUCAGUGCAAAUGUCGACUUCAGGAGAAACACGUGAUAAAUACACAAAGGACUCUGAGUUUCUGGGAAAAGAGAAAGGUAUGUGAUUCCAGUACUCCAGAGGCCUCUGGACAAGACCUUGGUGGCCGAUCUAGAUUUGCAAAACUUGGAAUGGCAAUGAACGACGUGUUAAAUCAGGCUUACAGAGAUAUUCUAGAAUCAGAAUUACCCCCUUCUGAUAUUGAGAACAAGGUGAAUUUAUUAUCAAACAAAAAGAGGAUGAAUCUGAAGUUGAACUCAGAUCAAGAGGAUCUUUUGAAAAGAGCAAAAAAUUCUGGAUAUAAGGAAUUUGAUAUUUCAUUAACAUACAAGAUGAUAAGAAACAUCUGUUCAAAGAUUCCUAAACCAACAAAAGGAAAAUGGGGAGAAGAGCCAGCAGCAGGAGAGGUGACCGUAGGUGAUGACAUCGAGAGAAUUAGGUUAAUCCGAAACAGUUUGACUGCUCAUGUGAGCUCAGCCUCCACCCCUCAGACAGAAUUUGAUGACACCUGGUCUACGAUGUCAGAUAUCUGCCAAAGGUUAGAAACCUUCACUAGAAAGAAGUACUUGGAUACCCUUAAGGAUAUUAAAACACUGACCUUGAGAAAGGAAGAUGAGGAUGCUAUUAUAAAGAAUUUAAAAAUGCAAGAGAUUUUGGAGACAAUCAAAUCAAAUGUCCAAGAAUUAGAAACAUUGAUCAAACCUAAUGAAGGUGCUACAAAUUAGGAGUUCGUGAGUUCGAAGAAAUCUGUGUAGAAUACUAGAGAAUUGCAUGUUUUACUUGACACAGAAUUCACAAUCAAAUUUGAAUAAUUUUAUUCAAGGAUUUUAUUUCUUUGGAAUUUUGAUUUGUUAAUUUAAUUCAAGAUUUAGAACAAUGUGUGGUUUGAUAAGAAAAUCAUUUUUUUUCUACUGAUUACACUGAGUGAAUUCAAACAUUACAAUGUUUCUGGACAAUAAAGGCUAUAGAAUACAAAUGACAACUAACCUUGCAUGUAAAUCAUAUUCAAAAUGAAGAAUACAAGGAGGGCAAUUUUUGAAAUACUUUAGCUUUAAAGCUCAGAAUCAUCAAUGAAUAAAUUCAAACUUCAAUGUUACUCUUUUUUCAAUUAGCUGAAUAAACUUCAACAGUUUUUUUAGAAACUAGGAUGUAUGAAUGAAGAGAACGACAAUAGUGAAAUCUCUGUGCCUGUUUGUUUCAUCCAAAUCAUAUUGUCCUGUUAAUAUAUAGUUGAAAAUCCCAUUGUGUUUAUAUGCGAAGUAUUUUCGUACAUUAAAGGAACCCUAAUUUUAAAGGACAAUUUUUUAUGCCUUAGCAAUAGUCAUGCAAGAUCUACUAGGAAAACGUGUCUUUAAAUCAUAUUUAAAUAACCCUAAUUUUAUAAGAUGGUAAGUGCAGGAGAGUUUGUUUUAAAGGAUUGUGUAUCCUACUACUUUUACUUGUUUUAGAGUAGCUGCGUUCAAACUUGUAUGCAAGUGUCAGACAAGAAAGGAAUAUUCUAAUUCAUGAUUGCAAUUUUCUAAAACACAGAUUUGCGAUCCUAAUUUGUUGCUUGUGGUAACAUGUUAACUUUAUUUUGCUUAUGUAUAAUACACUUUAUAUUCAGUUGCAUCAAUAUAUUUACAUAAUGUAACAUGAUAGGAUAAACAUACGUAUAUUAAAUGUUUCUGCUGAACAACGUGGGGCUUAAAGUUGCUGAAGAUCUCACUGAAAAAUUGUAUUUUUGAAAACGACAGUAAAUGAUCGGCAGGGUCACUUUCUUGAUCAAACUGUAUGUGAAUCAACAGUCAAAUCAAUAUUGCAUUUUUUACUCCUGUGUUAGACGACCUCUUUCUACCUGUGUUAGACGACCUCUUACUACCUGUGUUAGACCACCUCUUCCUACCUGUGUUAGACGACUUCUUUCUACCUGUGUUAGACGACUUCUUUCUACCUGUGUUAGACGACUUCUUUCUACCUGUGUUAGACGACUUCUUGGGACUUACGGGAAUCACCAUGUCAGUCUAGCUGUCCAUAUGUCCAUCAAAGUUUUUUCUUAAUUCACAGAUCAUCAUGUAAUUAUUAAUUACACUUUUAGGGAACAGAUGCUAGACAAAUUUUGACAUAUACAGUAAUUGCAUUAUGUAUGUCUAUAAUUAUAUAUAUAGGCAUUUAUUGUCCCGAAAGUAUUUCCGACAUUGAUUUUAUUUCCAAUUUCUGUAAAAAUUUUGUAAUUUUCUUCAAACUUCUUGGCCUCAUAUUUUUGAUUUAUUUUAAAAGCUGAAGUGUGGCUUCUUACUUACAGAUAACCUGUAACAGAGCUUAAUGUAAGCUAAACUGAUUGUUCAGCGUAUGUCUGUAUUAAUAUAUGUUUAUAUGUAUGUGACCUAAAUUGAGUUUUUGUUUGUAUUUUUUUUAUUUAAUGGUAUGAUAACUUGUCAUUUUAUAUUCAAAUUAAGCUAGGAUGUAUUCUCUUUACUUCCAAGGAAUAGCUUUAUAAUAAAGUGUGUAGAUUGUCAAUGAA